AUAACAACAAAAAGCGCACGCGCACAAGCUGGGUUUAAGAUAAGGAAACGCAAUGGAAAAACCCUAAUAUUAUUUCAGUAACAGAGCUUAUGUGGCUCAUAUUAAAAGCAAAGGUAGAAAAUAGCGUUUAAAUUUUAAAGGAACAAUUGAUUUACUCAAUAAUUGAAUCAUGGGUGGGUCGAGAAGUAGGCCUAGUAAUAGUACUACAGAAGUACCUGCACAAAAUGUCAAUGGACCAAUCGAUACGUUAGUGCCGUACAUACUGGGAGUCAAGAUCGGAGAAGGUCAAUUUGGUACUGUACACAAAGCAGAGCAUCGUACGACGAGAAAAGUUGUUGCCAUCAAAACAUUAAAAAUACUUGGCUACAAUGAAGAAUCUGAAGUAAAAUCAUUGCAGAAAGCUAAUCAUGAAAACAUAGUUAAAUUUCUUGAUUAUAUCAAUGGUUCUCAAAGAGGAUGGAUUGUUCUAGAAUUUUGUGAGUUUGGUUCUUUGGAUAAGUUUUUAAAACAGCGUCGACCUGAAAAAACACAAAGAACGAGAUUUAUCAAAGAUAUUUCUGCAGGAUUAGCAUAUCUACAUGGAAUACCAAUCGCGCAUCGAGAUUUAAAGCCAGCUAAUGUGUUAGUUGACAGCAGACGUGUUGCUAAGAUAGCUGAUUUCGGAUUAGCUAAAGUUUUGAUGGGACCUGGAAGUACAGGAGAUGUUGAUAAAAUAUACAUGGGCACUACAGCCGGCACUUUUGCAUACAUGGCUCCAGAAGUUCUUGAAGGUCAUUACAACCUACAGGCUGAUAUCUUUAGCAUGGGGUUGGUUUUCUGUGCCACCAUAAGCGAAGAACUGAAAAGAGAGACCGAGAGUAAAUGUCUAGGAGUACUGAUGAAUGCUAAUCCACAUUAUGAAUAUGCCGCUCCCGCCGGUAUGGAUGAAUUUAUGCAAAAGCUUUUAACUAGCAUGUUGCAGAGAGAUUAUCACAACAGACCUAAAGCACAUGAUGUUUACCAGCAGCUUAUGCAAUAUACCGGUAGUUCUCAACCAAAAGAACCAAACUUAUCAAUAGAUACAUUACCGUACAUACUGGGAGACAAGAUCGGAGAAGGUCAUUUCGGUACUGUACAUAGAGCAGAGCAUCGUACGACUAGAAAAGUUGUUGCCAUCAAAACAUUGAAAAAAAUGAACGACAAAGAGAAAUCUGAAGUGAACUCUUUGCAAGAAGCUGAUCAUGAAAACAUAGUUAAAUUGGUUGAUUUUAUCAAUGAUUCUGAAAAAGCAUUAAUUGUUUUAGAAUUCUGUGAGUUUGGUUCUUUGGAAAAUUUUUUGAAACAAAAUCAACCUACUGAAACACAAAGGAUAAAAUUUAUCAAAAAUGUUUCAGCAGGAUUAGCAUACCUCCACGGAAUCCCAAUUGUACAUCGAGAUUUAAAGCCAGCUAAUGUGUUAGUUGAUAGCAAACGUGUUGCUAAGAUAGCUGAUUUCGGAUUGGCUAAAAUUUUGAUAGGACCUGGAAGUACGGAAAAUGUUGAGAAAAUAUACAUGGACACUGCAGCCGGCACUAUUGCUUACAUGGCUCCAGAAGUGUUGAAAAGGCAUUACAACCUACAGGCUGAUAUUUUUAGUAUGGGAUUGGUUUUUUGUGCCACCUUAAGCGAAGAAUUAAGAAAAGACACCGAAGGUAAAUUUCUAGGCGUACUGAUGAAUGCUAAUCCACUUCACCAAUAUACUGCCCCCGCCGGUAUUGACGACUUCAUGCAAAAGCUUUUAUCAAGCAUGUUGCAGAGAGAUUACCACGACAGACCAAAAGCACAUGAUGUUCACCAGCAGCUUAUGCAAUAUGGUGCUGAGCCAAAAGAACCAAACUUGUCUUCAACAAAACUCGUAGCAGCUGGAAUCAGUGCAUGUCUAGGAGUCAGAGUUUUACUUCCAGAAGAAUGCACCAAACUGCCCGGUCAUCUAUUUGUAAAAAAAUUAACAAUUCAUGAUUUAUUUCACUUCACAAAUCCUUCCGUGAUGAGCGUCAAUGGAAGAGAUGGCACCGAAGUUGGGGAUAUCGAUAUAGUGUUUAAGAGUACAGGAGGUUCUACGGGUGUAUUGGGAAUUUCCAGCGAUGCUACAGUGUCCGACUUGCGUCGACUUAUAUCCUUGAAUGCCCACCUUCCCGAGGACUACCUGCAAUUGAUUCACAGAUCAUGUCGAAUUGAGAACGAAAAUCCUAUCAGCCAAGAAGGAAUCGGACAUGGCUCAGUUGUCCACGUUCAUUCUGCGGGGGAAGCUGCGAGGGAGGUAGUGUAUGAAAUGGACGAAUCGCUUCUUGACCGGCGGUUUAAUUACGAUUUCACAAAUCAGGAUGAUGGUGACACUGAAUUCAUUAGAGGUGGACAUGUAUAUCAGCGACCCUGUGGGUGGUAUAGGCAUGCAAUCAAAGUUAAAGGUCAAUACGAAGAUGAUGUCUGGCUCGGAGAUGAUGGGAUACGAACCAGCUCUACUUUUAACGAAUGGCCUGUUAGCUACCAUGGUUCGAAGAUGAGAAACAGCAAUAUCGCAAUUGAAAACAGUGAUGCCAACGGUGUAGAAAGCGUCCUCACCACCCCAUCUCUCAACAUGGUUGCUGACAAAUUUGCAAAAACCUUUCUGUUCGAAGGUAACACAUACCAAAUAGCUCUGCAGAAUCGGAUCAACCCAGAUGAUAUUAAUGGUCACAUGGUUGUAAUACCCGGAGAAGAUGUUGAGCCUCCUAUUGAUUAUUGGUUGUCCCCAAAACAAGACCCAUAUAAUAACGUUUAUGACGUCAGACCAUACGGUAUUCUUAUUCGCAUGGCCGUUGAAUGAACGAUGGUAUACUGUAAAGCAGCAAUAGAGUAUGGUAUCGGUUACAGGUUGCUGUUCAUUUGUCUGUAAACUGCUAUAACUAAGACUAGUUAAUGUAUGAUAAUACAAAGUAGGUGAAGAGGAUAUGAUGUUGAUGAUAAUGAUGAUGAUGAUAAUGAUAAUGAUGGCGAUGACGACGAGAUGAUGACGAUGAUGGUCAUGAUAUUGAUAAAGAUGACGAUGGUUGUGAUGAUAAAUUCGUCUGGGAGAAAAUAUAAAUUAUAGGUAUUUGAUAGACAUAAUAGUAGACUCUAAAAUUGAUUAAAUAAGAAUGUGAAACCCCUAAAUUGUCUUAUUUUUUUGGGGAUAUCCUGGGCCACUUUCGAAAUAUCUUGAGCUACGCCCGACCAAGCCCACUUUGUUCUCCUUGUUGACGAGACGUAUAUUUAUAUUUUCAAAGUUAUUACCUUUCAACUGAAAAGUAUAGAAUGAGAAAAUCCUUAACAGACGUUCAAACCAUUUCAUUAGACUUUAGAUCCAUAAUACAUUGAUAUUAUGCUCUAUAAUUCAACUCAUUCAUUAAGGUUGACAUAUAUUUGGUAAUGGACCUUUUCGAAGUGUAAAUCAUGCUUAUCUGGCCAAUCAGUAGAAAAACACUGAAAACGACACAGUGUUAAAUAUACACAAAAGUGUGCGUGUGGAACACCUCGUUUGCUUUCCUCGAGGAAUAUGUGUGUGUCUAACAAGCAAACGUGUUGUCCCAUGAACGCACACUUGUUUUUUGUGUAUUCUUAACACUGGUCGUUUUGUGGGAUACUACAAUAUCCAGAGGCAGGGCUUAUCGGAAAGGACCAUUAUAUUUCUGAUGAAAAGGGGACACGUAAAAACGCUUAGGAGCUCUUAUGCAUGUGUAGUAUCAAUAUAUAAGUUAGCAACUUAAAUGUUUUGGCAGUUUACUGUAGUUUGUCAUUAAUGUAUAAUAGGCCUAUUUACAAUGAUAAUAAUCAUCACAUUAUAUUUACAUGUAUAAUUUAAUAAUAAAUUUUAUGACAUACUACAUUUUAAAAGAAUUUAUUGAAUAAAAUACGAAUAAAGUCAACUGCAGUAAUUUAACACACUGUUCUAUAGCUAAGUUGUUAAUCUGGUGGUAGCCACUAAAUAUUAUUAUUAUUAUUAUUAUUAUUAUUAUUAUUAUUAUUAUUAUUAUUAUAAUAUAGCGCAUUCCAAGUUAAUGAUCAAAUGGGAUGCGCAUUAUUAUGGUACCUCUAUUCACUAAAUAAUAAUGGUAAAUGAAAAUGAAGAUAGGCUAUAUGACGACGAUGAUGAUGAUAUAAAUAAUGAUAAUGAUAAUAAUAAAUAUAUAGGUCUAAUAGUAUUAUUUUUAUCACUAAUAUUAAUAAUAUUUGAUUAUCAUAUUAUAUUCAAAGUAUGUUUAUUGACGGUGUACAUUUUAUCUAUGGUUUAUCUUUUUUCUUCACUUGAAAUAUCAACAAGAAAGCAUAAACAUUUUUUAAAUUUAGCAGCUUUUCUCAGUCGGCUAAUCUGGUGUAGCCACUGUGUGUGCGCUGAACCGUGGAGAUCUCUAGGUCCCCGGUGUAAUUCCCAUCGCUGCCUCUCCUUGUGUUUCAGCUGGAGGGCUGAAAUACAGGUUACGAUAGCGCACUGCCUAUCGGAUGAGACGUCCCCAUUGGUCCCCUGUGCAUUGCACAUGUGCACGUUAAAGAACGCAGUACACUCUUCAGAAAAGAGUAGGGUGUUGUCUCCCGGUGUACUGCUCAAUCACCACCAGAAG